AAGAUGAUGCGCCAGGUGUCAAGCAGUGACUUCUGCAUGAAUAGCAGGCCGUCGUGCCUGGCAGAGGACGGCCACCACCCCGCCUCCCACUUUGAACUGUGCACCUCCCAGUCCAACAAGUUCUACCCUCCUCCCCCUCCGUCCCUGCAGAUGACGCUGGCUCCCAUGACCUUACCUGCCCAGAGCCACAAGCCCAUGGUGUGCCAGAGACAGGAAGUGCUUGUGGGCGACCCCCGCUCGCCUGGAAAAAUACCCGCCAUUAAAAGCGCUGACCAGGCGGCGGAUGAAGGCAAGAAGAAGAACAAGGCCGUCGGGAAGACGGGCAGACGCGGGAGGCCUUUGGGGACCACCAAGCUAGCCGGGUACAGAACCAGCACAGGGCGACCCCUCGGCACCACCAGAGCUGCCGGGUUCAAGACGAGCCCGGGAAGGCCGCUGGGUACGACCAGAGCGGCGGGGUACAAGGUCAGCCCCGGACGGCCUCCCGGCAGCAUCAAGGGCCUCUCUCGCCUCAACAAACUGGCUUACGGUAGCACCUGCAGCGGAGCAGCUUUCCCCUAUCCGCUACCACACAAGGAAAUCCUCUGUGAACCCUGCAAAGAGAAGCAAGCAAAUGAGUGA